AUGUCUCAAUCCAGUUGUCAGUUCAUCUACUUCCGCGUCAAGCCAUCCGUCAGGCCCGAGGAUCCGUCCAGUGAAGAAGGCCAAGCUCUACUGAACGUCUUCCGCACAGCCAAACACCAAAGUGGCCAUCAAAGCUCAGCCUGGGGUCGUACAUCCGAAGACCCAGAUUUAAUCGUUUGGGUCAUGGACUGGAGUGACGCGCGCAGUUCAACAGACCAAGGUCUCCUGGACCCAUUUCUCGCCGAAGACAACUCUCAAUUGCCAACGUCAAUCUACGUCACGCUGAGCCCGCCCAUCACCGCGACUGAAACCCUCACCCAGAAUCCAGUGACAGAGUUAUGCACGCUACCAUAUGCGAGCACGCUGUCUGUGCCGGAGGCAAGGCAAAUCAAUGCAGAUCUCAUUAGUUUCCGCACUGCUCAGAUGGAAUCGAUGCCGCAGGUGACGGGCCCGUUGUCUUGGGCGAUGGGGCAGUUAGACCGGCCAUGUAAGCUGAAUCAUGCGCUCAGCCCGAGUGGCAAGGCCACUGUGCAUUUCCUAGCUGUCGGUUGGGAUAGCGUGAAUGCGCACCUGGAGGCCAAGGAGACCUUGAAAUUUUCUCAGGGCGUUGCGCCUCUUAUGGAGAAGAUGUUGGCACCUAUUCCAGGGUUGGAGAUGAAGCAUGUCAGUUUUCAAAAGAUUUAG